AGAAACACAUUAACACACUCCCUAAAAUCAUAUUAACACACACUCUUGGUAUUCUCCGCCUCUCUCUCCCUUUCUCGUAUUCUCUUUGUUUCCUCCGAAUCUAAGUAGGGUUUUCUAAUCACAACUCAUCAGAUCAUAACCUUAAAGAUCCAAUCUAAUGGCAUCAUCUAUUGGAGUUGUCACUUCCGUCUCUGCACCAUCAUCUUUUUCAUGCAAGGCAACAAACAGAAUUUCUAGUCUUAAGCCAUUUUCUUUGUCCCUUCAAAGAAAAAGCUUUCCAUCUCUCAGGUUGCGCUCUCUUCGUGUUUCCUGUGUUGCAAGACCUGAGACCGUGGAUAAGGUGUGUGAAAUUGUGAGGAAACAAUUGGCCCUUCCAGCUGACUCUGCAGUCACCGGAGAAUCAAAGUUCUCUACUCUUGGAGCUGAUUCCCUUGACACGGUUGAGAUUGUAAUGGGGCUUGAAGAGGCAUUUGACAUUUCUGUAGAGGAAGAAAGUGCACAGACCAUUGCAACUGUUCAAGAUGCAGCUGAUCUGAUAGAAAAGCUUUGUGAAUCCAAAGCUUAAAAGGCGAAAGUAACUUAGAUUAGAAGGAAAAUUCCUGGACAAAUGAGAUCUGGCUCACUUUCUCCGUUCUUAUUUAUGCCUUAAUGUUUGUUCUAAAUUAAACUUAUGUUUUGUUUUAGCUAGUUUAAUUUUUUUGUUUGGAUUUUCUAUUUUUAUAUCAACGGUUAUAUUGGAACUUCCUAAUAUUUAAUUAUGUUAUUUUUAUGAUGUG